CUACUCGAUGUCUGUGGUGAGGGGCAGCAGCACCUUGGCCACGUCAGUGGCGUUGUUCUUGGCACAGGCGGCAUACAUCAGCGGCGUCAUGUCGUGGAAGUCCUCUUCAUUGGGGUCUUCUCCCUUGCCCAGCAAUCGCUUGACGCUCACCACAUCGCCCUGUGCAGAACAUAUCGGCACAUGGUAGGAAUAAGCGGCGAUUCGAGCCCAAACAGCACGGCACUGCAUUGUUGUCAUCCGCGGGCGCGCACCUCAAGGGCGGCCUUCUGCAGGUCCGGCGAUUCAUCGCUGUCGGGGAGCUCCAGCCGAAGCCACUCCUGGAAGUUGAGCGAGAUAGUCGCAAGGCAACCUGCAUGCAGGCACACACAGCAACACGUGCCUUAGGCGGCUUCUCAUGCAAAUGCUGGCUCCGCUAUACGUCGGGCUGACCUCCGAAGCAGAGGGAAAGUGUCAGAUACAGCAAGAUCUAAGCCAGCAUCGCGCAGAGGCUGCUACGCAGGGGACACAGAAGUAGUCAUAUACAAGGGAUUUCUGAUACUCACUUCGCUCGCAUCAAAAAUCCCUUGUAUUGGAGGGUUUGAUAUGGUUAAGGGUUUCACCCAGAAACCCCAAUAAAAGUGUUUCAUUUUGACGAGGGAGUGAUUAUCGAUUCACCCUGUGGUCAGUACUGACGUAUAUAUGUAUGUGUUUCAUUUAUUUAGUAGUCCAUCGCUUACCAAAUCCUAUGCGUGGAUGCGUUUAUGUGUUGACUCUGCUUUCAAGCUCAAAUGUGUAUAUGUAAUUGUAGUCAAUUGAUAAACGCUUCAUUCAUUCAUUGCUUGUCCAUUCAUACAUACAUACAUAAGUCAAUCAAUACUUCCCCUCUCCCCUCCCUCUUCAAAUCAUCCAUUCAUUCACUGCUUCUCCAUCUUUAUACACUACCUUAUACACUGCCUUAACCUCAAUCCUCCCCUGACGACGGUUUCUAUACUCUGUUCCCCAUCCCUCCCAUCUUUCGUGGUCCUUGUACACUCCCUCAAACGUCAGCUUGCCAUUGUCAUACUCCUUUGCUGGCCCGUCCAUCUUGCCGUCCUUGUACGCUCCCGCAAGCGACAGCUGACCAUUGUAGUGGUACUCCUUUGCUGGUCCGUCCUUGUUGCAGUACUUGUACGCUCCCUCAAAUUGCAACUGACCAUUGUCGUGGUACUCCUUCGCUGGCCCGUCCUUCUUUCCGUAGUUUGACGACCAUUGUGAUGGCGUGGACCACGGAGCGCCUUCCCUUCUACGUUUGAUUAUAGGCAUUAAUGCGGUGUUGGUAUAUACAACAGCUUGGCCACAGGGUAACCCCAAGAGAAAAGCGAUACUUUUUUAUGUGUCGG